AUGAAUGGAGGAGGGUUCGCGUCAAGAUGUGGAGAUACAAUGUGAGAUGACGCUAAACAGCACGACUGUGGACAUCUGGCAGCGAAAAAGUGCUAGAUAAAAAGAAUAAGGAUGUAUAUGAUUACGCGUUGUAGCAGGAGCGGCUGUCUUUUGAAUCUUUCUGCGGAUGAUAUUAAAUUAAACAUCAUAGACGUAAUGAUUUAACAUUGCUGCGGAUGUAUGCAUAACACACGCACAACUUGCACGUAGAUUUUUGCAGCAAAACGCUCCAUAAUUUCCCAUUAGCAUGUGAAUGUGUAUGAAUCAUUCUACUACAUAACGUUACUGCAUGCAUGAUCUUAUUGUUUUCAUGCAUCUGAUUUCAAAACUCAUAUUAUAAAUUGCAACUGCACUACAUUUGUCCUUAAACAACUUUUUUAAUGUCUAAAUAAUUAAAAACCGUAUCAAAAAUGUCUGCUUUCUGUGCAAAACCCCUGCUCCGGAGCUUCAGGUACAUGGUGCACAGGGUCUCGAUAAGAAUCCCAUCACGUAGAGUGUUUCUUUUUAAAGGUACUCAUGUUAUAUCUCAGGCCCCUAAAGUGGGACUUUUCUGCUGGACUGCAUGUGGCAUCACUUGCGCUGGACAGGAAGCCAUCCAUCAGCAGAGGACCACAGAGAGGAAGUCAGUCGCCCGAGUGCAGAUCCACAGGUUCAUAUUCGUCUUGCGUUUGGGAAUCCGCGCCUUGGUGCUUCUUCUCAAAUUCAGCCCACUUCUGAUUCUGUACCCCCUGACUUUACUAUCACAACGUUGGGCGUCCCAUUGGUUGGAUGCCCUCCUUUGGGUCACGGAAACAUCUGGACCUACUUUUAUCAAGCUUGGCCAGUGGGCCAGCACUAGACGGGACAUCUUCUCCCGGGACUUCUGCGAUCGCUUCUCAAGGCUUCAUGUGCGGGUGAAGCCCCAUCCCUGGUCCCACACCAAGCUCUGUCUGAGGAGGGCGUUUGGGGAAGGAUGGAGGCAGAUGUUUGUGUUUGACGGGAAGGAGCCUGUGGGCUCGGGAUGUGUGGCACAGGUGUACCGCGCCAAAGCCAGGGUGAAGAGCGUCGAAGAUCUGGCCUUCCAGAAGCUGGUGGAGGAGCUCGAGAAGAACAAUCUCCUGGAGGCCUGGGAGAUCCCUGGUCUGGGAGGAGCUCUGAGUGACUUCUGGGAGACGUAUGAAGACGAGGAAGAGACGGCGGACACCAGGACGAGGGGUUUCCGAGAGAGACCUGGUCCAGACCAGCACCUGGAGGAAGAGCGUCUGAUUCCUGUGGCAAUUAAGGUUCUUCAUCCAGGAAUCAGGCAGCAGGUGCAGAUCGAUCUGAUCCUGAUGAAAGCUGGGAGUUUAUUCCUCAACUGUUUGCCCGGCAUCAAGUGGCUCAGCCUGCCUGAGAUUGUAGAUGAGUUUGAGAAGCUCAUGACCAGACAGAUCGAUCUUCGGUUUGAAGCGCAGAACAUCGAAAAGUUCCAAAAGAACUUUAAAGAUCUGCAGUAUGUGAAGUUUCCGACGCCCCUCAGACCGUUUGUCACAAGGACUGUGAUGGUGGAAACAUACGAGGAAAGUGAACCCAUCUCAACGUACCUGAGCUCCGACGUUCCAGAAGGAAUCAAGCAGAGAAUCGCACGGAUGGGUGUCGAUCUUCUUUUGAAAAUGGUGUUUGUGGAUAAUUUCGUCCACGGUGACCUCCAUCCCGGGAACAUCCUGGUGCAGGGUGGGCGAGGAGAGGGACCCCAGGACAGGGCGACUCUGACGGACAUGUGCGACACUGUGGUGGUCAGCAUGAGGCAGACUCCUCCGCCGCUACAGCUGGUGCUGCUGGACGCAGGGAUCGUGGCACAGCUCAGCGAGGCGGAUCAGCGCAACUUCAGAGCCGUGUUCACCGCUGUCGUUCUCAAACAGGGUGAGCGAGUUGCAGAGCUAAUCCUUCAUCACGCCCGCGCCAAUGAUUGCCAGGAUGUGACGCGUUUCAAGAAGGAAAUGGCUGAACUUGUGGAUCAUGCACUCAGUGACACACUUUCUCUGGGAAAGAUUCAGGUGUCCGAGCUGUUGUCUCGAGUCUUUGGUUUACUGAUUCAUCACAAGGUGAAGUUGGAGAGUAAUUUUGCGUCUAUGGUGUUUGCCAUCAUGGUCCUGGAGGGUUUGGGAAGAUCCCUGGAUCCCAACCUGGACAUCCUGGAGAUGGCCAAACCCCUCCUGCUGAAAAACCUGCUCUGAUUCGCUCUUCAGUGACACUGUCAACAUUUACCUCACUGUUCCAGACGCUGCUCAAAUAAAGAGUGCUGAUCGGGGAACCUACCGUCACUCAGAGGAAAAACUACAUGUCUGGGAUCAAUUUACACACACAUGGUUAUAUAAGGUGUUCCUGGGUCAAUAACAUAUCCUGUGAUAGUUUGUGUGUAUUAUGUACGAUACAUCAACUAAAUCCUACAUCCUGGUUUAUAAAUUCAGUGUCAAAUUACUAUAUAGUCUGCUUUCACGCUUUCACUUUCAGAGUGUGUUUAUCCAUUAUACAAGUGCAUUAAUCCAAAAAAUGCUUUUAAAAUCCUUGAAAAGUUACAUAUAUUGUCAUUAGAGUUCGUGAUUACAAUCCAUCAACAUUUAUAAAGGAACCAAGCAAGACUUUAACCAGGCACCUUUCUUGUGUUUUUGUGUUUAAAUUAGUGCUGGCAAACGAUUAAUCACAUACAAAAUAAAAGUUUUCAUUU